AUGGUCACUAGUUCGACAAGUAUUAUUGGUGUGGUGGAUAUACCUAAGUUAGAGUCUUCUAAUGGUGCGGGAUUUGAUGAAGCACUCCCUAUGGAUUGUACUCCAUCCUCAUCGCCUCCUUAUCUGGAUAUAUUGGUGACCGAUUCUCUCUCUUCUAGGCACUGUGCUAGUGUAAGAAGCUUUGCUAAGAAGGCUAAAAAUGUAGUUUUCCUCAUGGAAACUAUGCUUCCUGUGCAUAGUGUUGCACAAAAGUUAGCAUCUUUAUCGUUUUCGGGUAGUUGUGGUAUAGACGCGGUAGGCCUAAGUGGUGGUUUGUUUGUCUUUUGGCUUGCUCCGUUAGGAUUGGUUCCUAUGUUUAUAUCCCAAAAUGUUAUCCUUUGUAAAUAUGUUAUGAGUGAUGUAACAAAAUAUUAUAUGCUUGUGUAUGGUGCACCGUAUAUUUCUAAUAGGUUGGAAGUUUGGAAUACGAUUUCUGAGCUCAUAGAUGCUUAUCCAAACGUGAUUCUUCUAGGCGAUUUUAAUCAAGUUGAAUAUCUUUCGGAUAAAGUAGGCGGUAAUGCCUUGAUUCCGGGUCAGUUGGACUUUACUCAAUGGCGUUUGGAUUCAGAUCUUGUGGAUAUCCCGUUUUUAGGUCCACAAUUUACCUGGACUAACAAUAAAAUUGAUUCGGAUUCGAUCUUGGAACGUUUGGACAGAGCUUAUGCUACUCCUUCUUGGCUUACUGAUCAUUCGGAUGCCACUGUACUUCAUCAACCUAUUUUAUUCUCGGAUCAUGCUGCCAUUAUUUUCCGGGAUUCAAUAGAGGAUACUGGAGUUCAACGACCUUAUCGGAUUGAAAAUUGGUGUUUAUCGACAAAGGAUGUACAUUCUAUAGUUGACUCUGUAGUUUCAAUUGUUGUUGUUGGUUCUCCGAUGUUUUCCCUGUCUCGCAGGUUAUCUUUCAUUAGAGAUCGGUUGUUAGCUUGGUGUACUUCUCAUAAACGAUUGUGGGAUAUUGAUUGGAAGUCUCUAGCCCUAUCUAUUGGUCAGGCAGCUUCUAGCUUGCAUACUCGUAUAGACCAGCAAAAAGAGUUGUUAAUCCCCUUUUCAGCUCUGCAAAUUAAGGAGGCCAUGUUUGGUAUUGAUGACAACAAACCUCCAGGUCCGGAUGGUUUCUUUUCUGCUUUUUUCAAAGUUCAUUGGUCGUUGGUCAAUCCUUUUGUAGUUGGCGUAGUUCAGUACUUCCUUACUCAUGGCUAUAUGUUAAAGGAGUGGAACCGUACUUUCUUGACUCUGCUUCCUAAGGUUGAUAGCCCAGAGCUUGUCUCGCAAUUUCGUCCUAUUAGCCUUUGUAAUGUACUUUACAAGUGCAUCGCCAAAUGUAUUACUGGUCGGCUCCGUCCUCUUCUACCUUCUUUGGUUUCUGAUUACCAGAAUGCUUUUGCUCCAGGACGUCUUACGUCAGACUAUGCUCUAAUUGCCCAUGACGUUUUCUCCUUCAUGAAUGCUUUAAGGGUGAAGAAAUAG